CACGCGUCUAUAUAAGCUCCGGUCGACUCGGUGCCGCUUCACUCGAACAUCCGCGCUCCAACUGCUGGACUCGAACUCGCGUCACCACCGACGAAGGGUGAAAGAGAAACAGUGCGUGGGUUUUUUUUUCGUUUUGGUUUCAUUGUAACUCUACGCUCGAGCGGUGAAUUUUGCUGCCGUUGCAGAUAAUACAUCUUAACCAAGGAGAGUUAUCGCGAUGAUGUCGAUGAUGAGGAAGUUCAGUUUGGUCGGGCUCCUGUGCCUGGGUGUGCUCUGCAUCGCCGAGGCCGUCAACGUCGUUGAUCCCUACCUCGAGGACAAGCUCGAGGAAGCGGCUCUGCUCCAACAGGCGAUAGCCGAGGAGGAGGCAGAGUACCCCGACAACGUGAUAGACAAUCUGUUCCGCCAACCCGACAAACGUGCCUCGUGGUCCUCUGUGUUUAGACGCGCGUGCGUGCGGCGUGGCGGCAUCUGCGACCACCGGCCACACGAUUGCUGCUUCAACUCGAGCUGCCGCUGCAACCUGUGGGGCUCCAAUUGCCGCUGCCAACGAGUCGGGCUUUUCCAGAAAUGGGGCAAGAAGUAAGACCUCCGCACUCCAACGCAUCCAAUGGGAGAGCAGCUACACGACAGCAACAACAUCAUCAGCAAGACGACUAACAACAAUAUAUUAUGACAUAGCGCGCCUCUCUUUUCUUCGAAAUUAUCACUUCAUCGGCGACUUGGUAUUUCAAACUUCAUUUUCCUUACUCAUUUUUGUUCAUUCAUUUAUUUAUUUAAAAACACGCUUCUUUUUUUUCUCGAGUUGUUUGAUAUAUGUACGAAUAAAACGACUACCAUGUAAUAGAGAACUAAUUUGUACGGGUGAGUAAAUCAUAUGUGUACGUAGAUCCGCGGAGAGGAGGGUUCCAAAGAUUAAUUUUCACUCGCAUACAUUGAUUGCUGCGUCAUGUUCGAUACAUCAACUUCAUUUUUACGCUGCUACAUGGAUAAUAACGUGAUGGACGGUGUGGAUGUAUAUGUACGCAUCUAUACGUUGAAAUCCUAAUUAAUGCUAUUUACUAAACCAUAGGUUCAUAGUUAUCGGGUGUGACGUACAGUUUUUGCACACUUCGCCUACUGAAAAAUCGUUCUUACAUCAUACGUGUUUCCUAUGUAUUUCCAAUAAAGACGAAAAAAAUCAAUUUUACCGUGACUGUCUACGUAUAAUUUUCGCGAAAUGAAAUUUCCAUACUUACCAAUUUUCGUAAAAGGAUAAUAUUUCAAGCGCACGAACUUGCAUAAGAAAAGCAGAAGCGGAAACAACGUAUAGCUGGCAAGGUACAUUUAUCCACACGUUCGUAGAGAACUUGACUCGCGUACAAUCUCUAUAUAUUACCUAUAUGACGGAUUCCGAAGACGGAGACGUUUUUUCGAGUCUAGAAGUAGAUUAAAUUUUUCAAUGAGGCUGCAACUACUUUUUUUCUUUCUUUCAUUAAUUUACAGGUUGUCGAAGGAUCUUUCAAGGUUUUCUCAAUUUUUCAACUUAAUCAAUUACUCGAGAACAUUUUCUUCUUAAAUUAGAUCAGAUGAACUUUUUUACCACCUUGGAACCGAAAAAAAAAGAAGAAGUAGUACACCUCGCGAAAAAUAAAAUCCAUUGUGAUUCUUGAAAAUGUACAUCAUUUUUUUCGUGGAAUCCCUCACAUGCAUGAGCGAGUUUGCUUACGCCCACAAGACACAAACUCUCGCCCGUAUAGAACAAAAGACAGAUGCGCUCCCGACGCGUACACUCUCGUGUUACAUCUUCUCCUUCUCCUCCUUAUCUUCCGCUUUAUUUUCUAGCCAGCGCACAUAAAGGCUUGCUGACACUUGUCUCUUAGCCACUCCGUGAACCUCCGUCACUUGCACUUUGAAAUCAAAACAAAAGGGAAAAAAAAAACAAAAAAAAAAAAAAACAGCAAAUGUGUAUCAUCUCGUUCGUAUGGGUCGAAGGACGAUCGUUAACACGUGCACUUUAUGAUGUCGCGCUCUUGUAUACCUACAUUAACUACCCUCUCUUUUCAUUAUACCAAUACAGUUACAUGUUGUGAAAACAUAAUAAUAAUAAUAAUAGCUAAAAGACGAGAGACAAGAGACCUCAGUUCGAGUCGUGUGUUCUCGAGGUAUUUUUAAGACUGUCGAUUAAACGAGGACUUUUUUUCCUUAUAUAAUGAAUUUACAAGUUAUAUUAAUGAAUUAUUGAAAAAAAAAAUAAAAUAAAAUAAAAAGAUUAUCAUCACGAUAAGAAAAUAUAGCGAUGGCGAUUGAAUAAAGAAACAAGAGGCUGAUAGUUUGAUUACAAUACUUAGUGAUGCCGUACAAAAUUAUUUUGGAUUAUCUACAUUGAAUUUGAUUGUAAAUGAUUUGUUUUUAAGUCGAUACUGCUGUAUAUUACGAAAAAUAAAUCGUUGUACGUCCAAUUGUACGUGUGUUUGGUUCAUCACACGACUGUAGAAUGUAGAUUUGAAAGUUCGAUUUGUGCUUUUCGCGCUUGAAUGUAUAACUUUAUCACGGUAUAAUUAUUAUUGCUAAGAAAGCUUUCGGUGUGUCAAACGAUUUUUCGAGCCGAUUACAUCAAUACUGUUCAGUUUUGACAAUCAUCGAUUACUUUAACAUGAUUCGCGUGACUUCGAUUUCCUCUCUAAUUGUUUUUCAAAUAAAAUAAAAAAAAAAAACACAAUACACGCCAACCGGUAAUUAUUAUUGAAAAAAGUAAACCCCUUACUUUUUAAAAUUUAUUCAAUAAACAAAAAAUCAAUAUGUUUACGAUAUCACGUUCAUAUAAUAAACAAUAGUCGAGCAUCUAAAUUCUAUAGUUUAUAUAUUGUCGUUAUAAAUAAUUGUACAAAUAAAAAAUAUACGUAUAGAAGACACGUACAAAAGAGUUUUAAUAUGAUGUUAUAUCUAUUGUAUUAUACAAUUAUUAAAAUAUAUUCGGUUGUUAUGGCAAUCACAAUUACAAACACUCUUUCUGUUCUACCUGAGUAUGUCAUUAUCAAAAAUCUAGAAACGCUCACCAGCAAGUGGGACUGAGAUUUUAACAUUAACAAGAUAAUGCUUAAGGUAAAAAAAUAACAUCGAGUAUGCAUUUUCAGAAGUUUGAAAAAAUUUACAACGCCGAGCAAGGUCAUGUCAAAAACAUCAAAAUUCCCGUCACAGCGAAUCAAUGAGUAUCAAGCACACAUAAGUUGUUAAUCUUUUUUCUUUCCAUACUUGAUCAUGGCUAUAAACCUAAAUACGUGAAGCUCGACGUAUGAAUCAUACGGAAGGCAGCGCGUGAAAAAGAGGGUUAAUGGCUAAUGUGAUUAUGUUCGAUUGCGACAUCGCUGCAGUAGGCAUAUAACUACGUACAUGCUGUUGUUACGUUGCGAUCGUUUGUUUGUACGUAUGCAUGUGUGUAUGCUUCAAAAACAGGAUUGUCUCUUUUUUCGUUUUGUUGAUUUUGUAGCUAGUGUUAUCGUUUUAUAUUUUACGAGUGAUGUACUUAAAAAAAAAAAAAAAAAAAA